ACACAUUAUUAUUUCGAACCACCCACAUCGCGGAAAAUAUAAAAUUUUAAGUCAAGACGAAAGUUACAAAACACUGGAUAAUAUGAUUUUAUGUAAUUAAUUUGUCAAUAAUAGGAAACAUGGUUUUGUGUAGCGGCUAAGGAACUAGAAUGUUGCAUCAUGGCAUUAAUGUCUUCAGAAGAAAACAAUGAAAACACACAAUCUACAAAAAUUUCAAGCAGAACUAAAUACAAACAAAGCGAAAAGAAGAAACAAAAAUUAAAAAAGAAACUGAAAUUAACUGGGAACGUGAUAUCAUCAAACUACGAAAGGGAUGGUCAAUACAACUUGCAGACUCACGAAUCGUAUAUAUCAAACAUGUUGUCCACCUACCAAUUUUAUUCCAACUACGUUUAUCCUGUUAUAGCAGAGUGGAGUCCUGUGAUCCCAGUACAGAAUCCUGUGUACAGCAUACAUUUGCCUCUAGUUGUUAAUCCGGUACAAGUAGUGACAACAUACCCUUAUAUUGGAGUUGUACCAUCAGCUGUACCUUCCCCUGUCACACCUAUUGAGGAAAUUGUACACAAUCUUGAACCUUUACUGUGUUAUGAUGAACUUCAUAAGGAAGAGAAUAGGCAUGAACCAUAUUUUUCAUUACAGUAUGAUGAGCAUUGUUUAGAUAAUUAUAAACAAAUAGCAGAGGUAGAUGAUUUUACUACAUAUUCACGAGAAAUCAACGAAAGGGUGCAAGAAGUUGAAGAAAUUACCUAUCAUAAUAAUAAAGUAGGUGAUCCAUUAGAAUUUUAUCUGACCUUGCCGAAAGAACUAUUUCCUCCAGCAAGAACAUUGUCAGUAGACCCCAAUCCGAUAAUAGACGAGUUUUGUAAAAUUCCAAACAUACAAAAACACGCUCCGUGGAUUCUAGAUUUGGAAUUUGGAGUUCCAAACCUGCCAAUCACAAGACCUAUACCUACGUAUAAUGUUAAACUGAACAGUGUUAAUUGCAAGAACACACCGGAUGCAAUACACCCGGGUUUUGAGAGUUGUGGUAAAGAUUUUAAAGAUGUCUUUCUAUUUUACUACGAUUGUGUUAUAUCAACGUGGUAUAGAGGCUAUAUCAUUUUAAAUAAUGACAGAUCAGUGGAGAAUUUCCAAUCCUGGUUGCUGCUGCCGGCACAGGUAUUGGGAAUGUGUUGGUCUUGAACGCAUGCUGCAUGAUUUUAGAAUGUAAAAUUUGUAAAUAAUUCAUUUUAUUGAUGGAAUGCUUUAUAAUUUUAAUUAUAUGAAAUUCUUUUUA